AGCUUACUAGUAACGCUGGCUUAAUUCAGUGAAUUGACCUCCGAGCUAAGCUGAUGAGGAAGAGCGGAGGGUGCGCAUGUCUGCAUUUCCCAUUGCCUUCCUUUUGUUUGCGCCAUACAUGUAGUGAUGCAACGACAACGCCGCGUUCUGUUGGCUGUUACUGGGUCUGUUGCGGCUGUGAAGUCUUGUGAAUUGGCGGUCCGACUUGUGGAAGAAGGGAACCAAGUCCGAGUCCUUUUGACGCAAGGAGGUCGUCACUUUUGGGACAAAUCGAAAGAAUACAACCCAACUGUGUGGCAGAAACUGCAGCAACUCAUUCAAGUAGACUCUGCUUUGAAAAGUUCAAGUAGUGAUAAUGAAGAGUCACAGAACAGAAUCCAAAUACAUGACUCAGACGAGGAGUGGCGAGAUUGGAAUCGAAUGGGAGAUCCCGUGCUGCAUAUCGAGCUGCGAGAUUGGGCCGACAUUUGUGUCAUUGCUCCCUUGAGUGCACACACUUUGGCCAAGAUUGCACAGGGUUUGUGUGAUGACACAACAACUUGCGUUCUUCGUGCCUGGGAUUUUGGACAUGGCACGAGACCUGGAAAACCCAUUAUCUUGGCUCCUGCCAUGAAUACUGCCAUGUACAACCAUCCUUUGACACAACGGCACCUUUCCACCGUACAAGGGUUUUGGAAGGAACAUAGUAAUGACAACCCUGAAAAUGGUGAAUCACCCCUUUCGAAUCCAAAGACGAAACAGCAAUCAGCAUCAACUUCGAGCCAAAUAAUGGAACUGGCGUUGGCAAGGGCUCGAAACCAAACAACUAUGGAAGAGAAUCGUCGGCGUGAAAAUGUAGAAACACAACAACUCAUGGAAAAACUGUUCGCCACUUUGGAUCAAGAGCAAAGCACCGCGACGGGAGGCUCGGAGGCAAUUCAAACCCAGCUACCUGAAAAUACAUGUAUCACAGCAUCAUCUGCUGACCUUGCCAAGCUCGCUACACAACUGGUGGAACGUCAACGUAUUCUAGAAGAUGAUCGAAAACUUCGAGAAGAAAACCGACGUCGUGAGAAUAGUAUGAUUGAAGAUCUCAUAGCAAGGGUUGCAACUGUCCCUCCACAAUCAACGUCGCACAGCGUCUCUGCUCCAGCUUUGGAUCCCCCACCAGCUCAAAGCAACCCCAACAUUAUAAAUGCUACGUGUAGUGGUGUUUUCAUUGUGGAGCCUCAGGUCAAAACUCUGGCUUGUGGCGAAGUGGGAAAGGGUGCCAUGGCGUCAGUCGACAAUAUCCUCAGUGCGGUGCGCUCCGCCUUGGAUUCGUGUUGACAGAGUGACAGAGUGGGGAUGUGGUAGUAUUGGGUUGAUUUCUGCAAUCGACAUGGGGGCUUACCACUGCGGAUGCUAAAUCAUAGUACACUAAAAGGUUCGAUGAGAUCUUGCAGCACACCACAGUGCGGUAGCUAGCCGUAGCGUUUUGAAGGACUUUUACGAUAAAAAUGCCCACAAUAAAUACUUUAAAGAAUCAACAUACUGCACU